AGCUCAGGAGGUACACAACAUUUAGCAGCAGUAUAACUCUUCAGUUCAGGUUUCCAGACCAGAAGGAACCACAUGGGACGGAGCUAGAUAGCAACAACAUCAGUCUUCAGGGGUGAUUCUUUCUUUAGGGCACACUGUCGAUGGUGGAAAAGGUCUUUUGGAGUUCUCAGUUACUGCUGCUAUGGAUUUUGAGACGUCAGGAGAGAUUUUUGAUGAAGAUGUGGCAGCUCAGUAUAUGAUAGAACAGAGCCUUCUGGCAAACACUAAGCAGACUGAAUUUAAGGACAUCUUAUCUGCAGAUGGAUGCAGGAUAAUACAGACAAGUCCAGAAAGGGAUAAAAUAUCCAGUGCCAUCAAACGAGGUGAUGAAGCUGAGCUCCGUAAGCUCGCAACCCCCCAGUCCGCUUUCUCAGAGGAGGACAGUACUGGCCAGAUUCCCUUACACGAGGCAGCAAUGCAGAACAACCAGCACAUCCUAGAGAUCACUUUCAAAGCAUCUACCACAGAUGCAAAGUCUAGAAAAACUCAUCAGGGCAAGACGGCCCUCUUUUUGGCUGUCGAGAAGGGUCUCUUGGAAAACACCUGCUACCUUUUGGAUAAUGGGAGCAGCCCAGAUUGCCUGGACAAUGAUGAGGACUCGCCUCUUGUCACUGCAAUACGAAACAACCACUAUGACAUGGUUAAGCUCCUUCUCUGCUUCAAAGCCAACGUAAACCAAAAGUUGGCACACUGCAGGACGGCCCUUCAUGAAGCUGCUCGUUUGGGCCUGACAGAUUUUGUGAUGUUGCUACUAAAGUCUGGAGCCGAUCCUGAUCCUAGGAGUACAUACGGGCUCACGCCUCUGGCGCUCGCGGCACAAGCUGGCCACUUGGAGAUAGUGCAGGAAUUCCUACGCCAAGGGGCUGAUGUGCAUUCUCAAGCUCAAGAUUGGGCCACUAUCCUUUUUGAAGCUUCUGCAUCCGGCAACCCUGAUGUCAUCUCUCUGUUGCUGGAGUACGGCGCUGAUGCUAAUAUACCCAAACAUACAGGCCACCUCCCGAUCCACAGAGUGGCCCAUCGUGGACAUGUGAAAGCUCUGGCUAUCUUGAUUCCUGUGACCACAUGGGACGCAGUGGAAGAGAGCGGCAUGAGCCCCCUGCACUCUGCAGCAGCUGGUGGACACUCACAGUGUCUAGAGAUGCUCCUCAACGCCGGUUACGAUCCCAACUUCAUGCUUCACCCCUGGGUGAGGCGCAAUUAUGACGACCAGCGCAGAUCCGUCCUGUACUUCGCAGUAACCAAUGAAGAUGUGUGCUCCACUAAGUUACUCCUGGAGGCUGGUGCGAUGCCCAACCAGGACCCGGUGAAGUGUUUGCAAGUGGCUUUGCGCCUCGGUAACUACCAACUGAUCGACACCCUGCUGAGGUAUGGCGCCAACGUCAAUUACUUCUGCAGGGUGAAUACCACACACUUCCCUUCGGCUCUGCAGUACGCCCUGAAGGAUGAGGUUCUGCUGAGGAUGCUCUUUAACUAUGGCUAUGACGUGCGACGCUGCUUUGACUGUCCAUAUGGGGACAGAGCUCAUGUGCCUGAUGAUUAUGAGGGCUGGAGUAAUACUGUCAUCAAAGAUACCAUGUUCUGUGAGGUGAUAAGUGUUGUUUGGCUGAAGCACCUCUCUGGAAGCGUGGUGCGGAUCAUGCUAGAUUAUGUUGACCAUGUCAGGUUAUGCUGCAAAAUGAAGGCAACUCUGAUGGAGCAAAAACAGUGGCCAGAAAUCUGCAAGAUUCAAGAGAACGUACGCUGCUUGCAGCACCUGUGCCGACUGACAAUCAGGAGAUGUUUGGGACGACUGCGCCUCAGAGCUCCAGUCUUCAUGAGCUUCCUGCCUUUGCCGAACCGUCUGAAGGAAUACAUCUUAUACAAAGAGUAUGAUCUUUAUCGGCAAACUUGCUAAGAGCAGUUAAAAUCACGCAGAUGUAAAAUGGCAGGGAUGAUUGAGAAUCAGAGAACUGUUCUUUGUUCCUACAAAUGACUGAAUGCUAGUUAUAGCACCUAAAUAAUUGAAUAUGUAGAUAAAUGUAUAGAUUGUCAUGAA